AUGACGGAUUCGGCAGUCGAGGUGCCGCCGGUGUGGCAGAGUGCGGGCUUGGAUGGCUUGGCCCGUGAGUCCUACUGGCGUCGGCACCGUAGCGAGGCGGGAGGGAAUUAUGCACGUGGCUGUGCCUUUGCGCCAGACGGUUCCUGCCUGGCUGUGAACACGGCUGAUGCUGCCGUACACGUCUUUAAUGUGCCUGAGGAUCUUUUGCAAGGGUCAGGAGAAGAGCCUAUUCGGUCGCCUGAGGGCACACAGCCUGGGCCCGCCGCGCCCGUGUUUAGCGUACAUGAGGCCGAGCUCAUCUAUGAUUUUGCCUGGUACCCGCUCCUGCAAUCGGAUUUUCCCGAGACCUGUCUUCUCUUCACGGCCUGUCGGGAUACGACCGUGCAUAGCUGGGAUGCCUUUGAUGGCAGCCUCGUGGCCAGCUACCGCAACUAUGACCAGUACGAUGCCAUCACCGGUUGCCAUAGCCUGGGCUUGACCGCCGAUGGACAUCGUUUGGUCUGUGGUUUGGACACUCUGGUGCACGUCUUUGACGUUGCCGUGCCUGGGCGCGCCUACGGCAAGCGAAAGACGUAUCGUCGCCGCGCUGGUUGCCGCGGCAUCAUCUCUGCCAUUGCUCCGUUCACCGAAGACCCUCAUCGUGUGGCCUUGGGCGCCUAUGGUGGAGGGGCCAGCAUUAUGGACUUGCGCACCGCCGAUACUGCGCACGACUGGCGCCUGUCUCGCGGCGUCACCGACCUGCGAGUCGCAGCAGACGACCUCACCGUCCUAGUUGGUCUUCGGGCCUGCCCUGAUGUGCUCCACUUUGACCUCCGACAACCAGGGCAGCCUGUGCAGCGCCUUCAACGCACACUUGCCAGCAAUCAAAAGCUUCAGCUCGCUCUAGCUGACCAAGGACGCAUCGGCGUUUCCGGGGGCCAGGACGGGUGUCUUUACACUUGGGACCUGCACACUGCUCGUCGCCGAGUCGACCAGGCUCUUGGCACCCCAACAAACCUGAAUGAACCCGCUGAGGCCCCACCUGCACCCUCGGUGACUCGACACUUGAGUGACACGGCCAUUAAUGGUGUGUCGGUACACCCGUGGGCCCCGCUCGUGGCCGUGGCCACGGGCCAACGCUCUUUUGCGCUCCCCAUGGAAGAUGACGCCGGGCCCGACCAUCCAUCUGUACAAACCGCAUCGCCCGAUGCCAAAACUCCAAGACUCGAGCCAUUAGCUGCAGAAUCAGCCGUCCACAAUGCGCAGCACCGCAUCAACUGUGCGGCCAUCUACAGCUUUCCUCAAGUCUGCUCCCCUGCCCUGAGCGAGCAGAGCUAG